ACUCCUCCCCUGUGCUCAUUCUUCUCCUGCAUGGCUUCGUUGUGUACUCACACACACACAGAGACCUUGCCCUGUCUCAGAGGUGUGCAGGGUCAAUCAAUAUUUCAAGGGAAGAAGACACUUUGAGCUUCAGAACCAACACACGAUGAGCAAGACCCCGAUAGACGAAGACAGGCCUGAACCUGGGUCAGACCAAACCUUGGGACUGGAAGAUGAAUCUGACAUUGGAUUUGAUUGGCUGCUCAUGAAAGACAGGCCGGUAGAAAGCCCCUCUCCCAUGGACACCAGCGUGGUGGCCGUCACCAUAGGAGAGGAGUUCAGCGUGGUGGACCAUGCGUUCAGUGGAAAGUUUACCCGGAGUAAGGUGUUUGAGGCUGCUUCCAGAGGAGACCCUGGCCCCCUAAGCGGCCUGCAGGAUUUCCUGCAGCUCCACCAUCUGAAGCUCACCAGCCCAGAGUACAUAGAUGAAGGCAAUGGUAAGACAGCCCUUCUGAAAGCCCUUCUGAACUUGAAUGAUGGAAAAAACGACACCAUUCAAGUCCUGCUCGACAUAUCGGAGAAAACAGAAGAUCUGAAAGAAUUUGUCAACGCAGCUUACAACGAUAAGCACUUCAAAGGCCAGACAGCCCUGCAUGUGGCCAUCGAGCGGCGGAGCUUCGAUCAGGUGAAGCUCCUGGUGGAGAAAGGAGCAGAUGUGCAGGCCAAAGCAAACGGAGCCUUCUUUCAGCUCAAUUCAAAACGGGGCUUUUAUUUUGGUGAGCUCCCCCUCUCAUUGGCCGCCUGCACCAACCAAUUAGAGGUGGUCUCCUUCCUCAUGGAGAACCAGUACAGGUGUGCUGACAGCCGGGACCACGACUCCCUGGGCAACACGGUGCUUCACGCCCUGGUGAUCAUCGCCGACAACACCGUAGAGAACACAGAGUUCAUCGUGCGGAUGUACGACGAGGUGCUCUUCCGGGACACCAGGCUGGCCCUGAAAGGAGAAGUCUCCCUGGAGGCCAUCGAGAACAAACAUGGCCUGACACCGCUGAAGCUGGCCGCCAAGAUGGGGAAGAUAGGGCUGUUCAGGUAUUUGGUGCAGCGGGAGUUCACAGACGAAGAGACCAAGGGGCUGUCCCGGAAGUUCACUGAUUGGAUCUACGGGCCCAUCCGCUCCUCGCUGUACGACAUGACCUCCAUCGACACCAGCGAGGAAAACUCAGUCCUGGAAAUCAUUGUCUUUGGGAAUGCCAUCAAGAACCGUCAGGAGAUGCUGCAGGUGGAGCCUCUACACAGCCUGCUGGAGGAGAAGUGGCAGAGGUUUGCCAGAAGGAUCUUCCUGGUCAACUUCCUGGUAUAUGUGGUGUACCUGGGCAUCUUCACCACUGUAGCCCUCUCCAGGAAGGAAGGGCAGCCUCCGUUCCCCGUGGAGAACACCCCUCUGGACUGCUUUCGCUGUAUCGGGGAGCUGGUCAGUGUCCUUGGGGCAGUCUACUUCUUCAUCAAAGGGAUAGUGGACUUCAAGAGGAAACCCCCCCGCAUCAAAUCCAUGUACAAUGAUGGAUUCAAUGAAAUAUCCUUCUUCCUGCAGGCCUCACUUCUCCUGGUGUGCACCGUCUUCUACGUGUUCGGGUGGAGGGCGUAUGUGGGCCCCUUGGUACUGUCUCUGGCCCUUGCCUGGAUCAACAUCCUCUACUACUCUCGGGGCUCCAAGAGCAUGGGCAUGUACAACGUCAUGAUACAACGGAUCAUAUUAAGCGACAUAAUUUGCUUUCUAUUUGUCUAUAUGGUCUUUCUCUAUGGAUUUUCUGCCGCGGUGGUGACACUCAUAGAGGAGGACCCCCUCGAUCAAGCGCUAAACCGUUCCCAGACAUUAGAGAGCCGAAAACCAACGUUCAACAACAUCCACUUCACGGCACUGGAGAUGUUCAAGUUCACCAUCGGCAUGGGAAACCUGGAGUUCACGGACCAGAUGGAGUACAUCGAGGUGUUCUACAUCCUGCUCAUCAGCUACAUCAUGCUCACCUACAUCCUGCUGCUCAACAUGCUCAUCGCCCUGAUGAGUGCCACCGUGGAGAGGGUGUCCCGGGAGAGCGAGAGCAUCUGGAGACUGCAGAGGUCUCUGACCAUCCUGGACCUGGAGAGAUCACUGCCCCUCUGCCUGAGGAACAGGCUGCAAUCCGGCAUGAUGAAGACCCUGUGUUUGCCCACCGGAAAUCGGACAUGCUUCAGGGUGGAGGAGGUAAACUGGAAAAAAUGGCGGUCGAAUCUGGGCAUCUUGAAGGAGGAAGAUCCAGAGCUGGAGGUGAAAUCGGAUAUCUUGUUGACCAGCCCCCAACAAAGACGGCGUAUAUGGAACAUGAGUCCACUCUUCUCCAUGGUUCGUGGCAGAAGAUCUGGAAAAUCUGAUCCCCAAGACAACGUCAUCUGACCUCCUCUACCGUCAACUGUGCAGAAGCUCCAAGAUCUUCUGAUCAGUUUCUCUCAAACUGGGCCCUGACAGUGAACCUGAGUAAAACCAAAACAAGGAUACUUGACAAAAGACCCAGCCUCCUCCAAAUACACAUUCCACAAGAGACUGUUAAUCUAAGGCAAACAAAAACCUAUACCUACCUUGGAUUAAUCAUGAACACCACAGGACCUUUUAAUAAGGCUGUGAAUGACCUGAGAGACAAGGCAAGGAGGGCCUUUAAUGCCAUUAAGAGAAACAUCAAACUAGUCACCCCAAUUAGGAUCUGGCUCAAAAUCUUUGACGCAGUUAUAGAACCCAAUGCACGCUUUGGCUGACACUCUACAUGCAGAAUUCUCCAAGUCUAUCCUACGAGUCCGAAGAGGAGGGGAACUUGGAAAAAUGGUGGACGAAUUUUGGCAUCUUGAAGGAGCGAGAACCAGAGCUGGAGGGGGAACCGGAUCCCUUGUUGAUCACUGCCCAACUAAAACAUAUGGAUUCACCAACACAUCUGUGCUUUGAGCAAUUGACGCAAGAAAUAACUUGUUGGCUGUGUUCUUCUUCCGGGGCUUUUUUGGAAUGUAAGCCCACCCUUCGCCAAGGUUCCUUCCAGAAGAUAUGGAAGAUCUAAGGACCAAUAUACCGUCAUCUGACCUCCUCAACCACCCACUGUCUGCUCCUGAAACACCUCAGAGGCUGUCCUUUAACUAACUCAUCAUCCUUAACUCAUAACCUGCCCUUCGCUUAGCUUCCUAACCUUUUACCCAACAUCUCACUGUCUGGCCCUGAACUUAAAGGCCGUGUUGCAGGGUUUAUUUUCCAACUAAUUUGUGCAAUUUGCUUGUUGGUAUUUAAGAUUUAUAUAUUGUAUUUAAUGUUGUUAGGUAUUACAAAACGGAAUGUUAUACGAAAAAGUAGGUACUAUUUUAGCGGUUUGCUAUUUAUUCUCAUUUCCCCCAGAAUGCAUUGCAUGACUUUACGUUGGGGAGACACGGACCAAAGCCGCAUUGAGACCCUUGAGAGUAGAGACUAGUAAAAGAGUGUUCAGCAGAUUAUACAGAUACACAUAGAUAAAUACUAUAGUUAGUAUAUGCUACACGUGAACCUCCUAAGAUGGCGCAAUUUGAUUGGUUCACAAUAUCGGGAUAUUGGGCAAUAUCCCAUGAUUGACAUCUCAAACUAGAUAUCGUUUUCAUCGCAAAAUGUCAGCUGAUAACAACAAAUAAACCUUUGUCUCGGGGGCUAUUCCCCGCUAUCCACUUCGCCUUCGGCAAAUAAUUGUUGACUAAUAGCCUAGAUAGAUAAAUAGCCUAGUCAAGUCUUUAUUAAUACCAUACUACUCGGGAAUUCAUUUAGGUGAUUCGGCUCACACAGUAUAGCCUACAAGACCACACAGAACAAGGGAGACAACAAGUCUGACUGGACACACACAAAAUAUAUCAUAUUAAAACUAGACCCAUGCGUUGAUAGAUAGACAGAUAGAAAGAUAAUUAACUAUGUUCUAUUAUUUGCCUUGCGGAGCCAGCCAAUCCUGUGCUCGUUUGCAAAUUAGCCAUGUGCGCCCAAGAAAGACGUAAUGUUGAGAAGUGAUACUAAAUACGGAUAGCAAGCCGAACCAGACUGUAUCAAUCACAUACUUUGGGUCCAUUCUAACUCAUGGUAAGACGCUAGUCUUUAAAUCUUUGCAGUGACUGAAUGUUGAUGAUAAAACUGAUUGUUUUGCAUAAGAUGAGUGUGUGCGACUGUGCGUGUGUCCUUUUCGGCUUCGGCAUACUGCAUGGUUAUGAAGGCCUUGUGGUUAGUUGUGGUCUUAGUGAAGCAGCCUAGCCUUGGAGUUGGACAAGUUGGAGUGAUUGUGUAGUAUGGGCGUGCGAGAGUGAGAGAGAGAGCACACCUGCCGUGGUGAUGUUUGGCUUGUUGUGGGCUGUCAGUCAGCAUCUGCCGGGUUGGACUGUGUGCUUUGUGUAUGUGUUCAAUGUACAUCUGUCUGGCCGUAUUUGCAGUAGAUUGAUGGUUAAAUAAUGUCACACCACGAUCGGUUAUACUUGCAGGCACUCAUUUGCAAGUGCACUGAUUGCUGUCCGAUAGGCUAGUUAGCCCAUAGCUAGCAUUAUGCCUUCUAUUUCUAGAUCUCCUGACUAGUAAAAAUAAAUAAAAGUGUUGUUUAUUGUGUG